AUGGUCAGGAAAAGGACAGAAAAACGAGAAAAACGAAGGCGCCAGAAAUUUGUGCGUUUUACAGUGAGAAAAAGUCGACCAAUAAGCAUACUGACAUUUGGGACAGCGUCAAGACUCAUCACAGGCUUUCUAUUGACAAUAUUACUUUUCCAUACUCUCUCAGAAGUGGAUCCGAUCAGAAAUGUCAUAAGACUGCUUUACGGGCUUUUUGGAGUGCAGUCUGGAACAUCAAAAGACGAUCCUAACGGAGGAGUUAAUGCAAAAAUAAGCUUUAUGUGCAGUGUGGUGAGGAGUCUUAAACGAAUAGGAGUGGCAAAGUAUGGCAAAGAACAUUCUGGGUGGCCAAGCAUACUGGAUAUCGUGUACUUCGUUGGUAGUGCAAAGUUCACAGACUGGUUAUUCUGGCAGAUAGAUGGUGAUAUCGAGGAAUCUUUACUCAUCAUUCCUAAUCUUGGUGUGCAAUGCGAAUCUGUGAUUUUGAAACGGUCUUUGGCUGGACUUGGGUUCCGUUUUUUGUUGGCAUUAGUCAGGAUGAUCGUUGAGAGGGCAGUGACCGCGAUAGGGUUGUUACAGGGCAAAAUACAGAGUCAUGUUCUUCGAAAAGAGGAUACAGGAAGACAACGCGAACUUAGUAUUUCAAGAAAGCAAUUGGACAGACUGAUUACCUUGGACAAAUCGCUUUCCAAGUGUAGCCGACUGGUCCUAAGCCGGGAAUUCGUCCCGAUGGAGUAUGUCAAGGAUUUGGUUAUAAACGAAGGAUUUGUGAAAUUCCAAGUUUUGUUUUAUCUUUCGCUAAUAACGAAGAAUGGUUCAGAUCGCAAUAAUCAACAACAAUCAGGUACUCUUGGGAUCCAGCCUGCGGGAAAAGGUGAGACCCUUAAAAUGAUCGUUGUCUUUCCACAUCUUCUUCCGAGAAGAAAGUUGUUGGAAACAGUUUGGAGAAGAAGUCGGAAGUUCAUUGAGCGAUGA